CGAGACCAAAGACCACAAAGAUAAAAAAGACCGAGAAAUAAAUAACUGUAGAUAAAUUAUUUGCAGUAAAUACAUCACACUUUUCCUUUAGGUUACACUAAAGCAUUUUCCAGUUGCACACAAAUGGUGUUCAGCAAUCAUUGAGUGAAAGUGAUUGAAAUAUUUUGGUUUUUGAUGCAAAGUGAGCAGUCUAAGUUACCAUUGCAAUUUUGGAACAAAAACAUCAGCUUUGAAAAACUGAAACAUAUGUGUGUAUUACGGUAUAUUAUUUGAAAAUAUUUGAACAUGUGGCUCUGAGAUAUAGUCACUGGCAUAAAUAACCUAAGUCAUCUUGUGAUUCUGUCACCCUAGUAUAGUGACACGCAGGGCAGAAGAGUCAGAGAGGGAGAGAGAGCAGCAGCUGGGCUCACACGCUGUCAUACUAUACCACCUCCACUCUGCCCCAUUUGGAUCCUCAGCACAUUCCUCCGCACCAAUGAGUGAAACAUUACCACAACAGCAGUUAUGCAGUUUGUUUCCAUCUCGAUGAUGUCUUUGUAUUACCUGUGAACCGGUAUCUACAAACACAAAGGAAAGAUUCACUCAAGGACAACAAAACACAGUGGAAGUUUCAGAAUCAAUCAUAAAAAUUGUCUUAGUGUUGGUUAAACACCCCAACACACACACUUUGAACUCCUAGAAUCACUCUGAGGUGGGGUGUUUCCUCCUAUAAACUUGCUAUUUCCUCUAUCAGUGGCUGUAAAGUGACGCACUUUAAAAAGACGGGAUAUUUUUGAAGAUACUUGAGUUCUUUAAAUAGUAAUGCAGCGUUGUAAACAAGGUUGUGAUGUAUGUAAUUGUUUUUUGACUAUAAACAAGGCACAGCGAUAUAGGACUCAAAUACAGGAAAUUAAGUAGUUGAGAUCAUUUUUUUCUGCAAGUACAGACAAAUGAUUAAACAUGUCCUAAUUGUCCUUACUCUUAAUGUGACAUUAAUGUCAUACUACCAAUGAAUUGGGGGUUGAAGAUUUUUAUAAUAAACAUCAAAGCAUUUUCUUCUAUUAGAUGACUAAUAUGAUCUACAAACGUAUCUAAGUAACAUUUCUCUAAAUGUAACCAUAAUACACAAAAAGAUUGUCUAUUAAAAACUAACUCAGAUUGUUGACAUUGGCGUUCUGCACUGUAAUGCCAUUUACUUGCAGCAGGUGUCAGUGUUCCCACGAAUUUCUUUCUUUUGGUGGAAAACGAAUCUUAAAUAAUAUUACUGAUGUUUUAUAUAUGGUAUACAUAUUUUUCUAUUGGAUACCUUUUUUGUAUCGGACCACAGUAAAAACAUGUUUUAGGUUUACUUUUGUGUAAAAAAGUUAUACUGUGUUGUUAAAUGGUUGGAAAAUAACUAACUUAAAUGUUUUUACAUAAUUGUGUCCCUUGGUGUUUCCAAAUUCUCAACAGUUGAACUAAAAGGUAUUAUUUGCAUUUAAAUAGCAAUUACCCAAAUUAUCAUUUUUGAAAUUAUUAUUUCCUCCACUAAUCACCUGAUUAUGUUUUCAGCAGAACGAGGAAUGAAGGAGAUUCAACCAGAUAACAGAUGGAACAGCUACGUUUUGUGAUUACUUACAGAUAUUAGCAGCUUUCAGAAGAUUAAAAUAUAUAUAUAUUAACAAAAAUAGGUGUUAAAAUUAUGUUUGACAUCUAUUUGGAAUUAAAAUAGUAUAAAGAGUGUUUGUUCUGCAUUUGUUCAGUGAUUAGAACUCUUUUUUGCACCGUGCUGAGCCUGGUACUGAGAAAUCAGCUCAACAGGAGCCUUGUUUCUCAGCAGUCUGAGGAAAUUCCUGUCAUCUUAAGGAAAUCUCUCUCACUGUGACUGGACUGAUGUGAGUUCUGAGAGCUUAAAGAGCUGCCUGGUCGAAAACAUUCAAAUCCUCCACAUUAACACCGAGGCACAGUUUGGUGAGUACAAACUUCAGUGGGGUCUCAUGCUUCAUACCAUAUGGAUGGUACGGUACUGAUUCUAUCUAAACAUUAAUGUGACUAUUCUGUACAGGUGGCCUGCGGGACACAUCUGUGGUCAUGGUGACUGUCACUGCGGUCCUGAAGUUCUUCAGCCUGUUUGUUGCAGAGCUCAUCAGCUCCAUCACAGACUGGUUCCAGACCAAACCCGCAUGGGCUAAACUAGAAGUUCUAGAAGACACAGAACUAAAGACUACUGGGGGUGUCCAUGAACGACACAAGGCCAAAACUCUGUGGGAGAAAACAGGAGCAGUGGUUAUGGUAGUUCGACGACCUGGAUGAUUGUUGUGCAGAGAGGAGGCUGCUGAGCUGUCCUCUCUAAAGUCCCAGCUGCAGGAACUCGAGGUGCCUCUUUUUGCCGUGGUGAAAGAAAACCUAGGCAAGGAGCUGGACUGCUUUAAACGGUUCUUCUCUGGGAAAGUGUACGUGGAUCAGCAGAGAAACUUCUACGGCCCCCAAGAGCGAUGGAUGUUUCUCUCCAUGUUCCUUCGUAUCGGUGUGUGGAGGAACAUCUGGAGGGCUUAUCGCAGAGGCUACAGAGGGAACAUGAAAGGUGAAGGCCUGGUCUUGGGUGGUGUCUUUGUCAUUGGACCCGGUGAACAAGGCGUUCGCCUGGAGCACCGCGAGAUGGAGUUUGGGGAUAAAGUUAAUAUGCUGGCAGUACUCAGAACCGCCCGGAACAUGUGUGACAACGCACGGUAGAUCUGGGAGGUGAACUGUGGACAUCCUGUGGGAGUGGAUCAUUUCUGUUUAAUCUAGUCAAAUCCAGUAUGUUGUCUUUAUUACUCAAUUGCUUCCAACACAUCAUAUCGGGUACAUAAAACAGGAUUUCAGCAUAUUCUGACUAAUGUCCCAAUGAGUUAUGCAAUACAACUUAUUUUCUGAUACACUUUCCUUCUGUAACAGUUUUACUGUGAUGGUUUUGAGUGUGUUUUAUGAGGAUCUGUUUAAAAAUCUCCAGAGAGAGAGAGAACAGCUCUGAUGUCUGCACACUAACCCAUGUUCCACUUCAAAACUGGAUGGAUUUUACCUGACACAAUGGGAAUAAACGGCACCAAAAUAUCAUUAUUUAUAUUUUUCCUGUUUGAAUGUUGUAAAAUAAAACACACAAUUCAUACCCCAAUAAGGCCCCCGGAGUGGUGGUUAUAUGGUAGCUAAUGCAACUUAGCAAGAAGGUCAGGAUAUAGAAAUUGUCCGUUUGUAGUUAAGGGUUCCCACGCGGUACUUUGGUUUUGUACUGCAGUACAAAACAAUUCGGACAUAAUAAACACCAUAUUAUAACAUUUACUGACAAUGUACCGGAUCCUUUACUUUUUAAUGCAUACAAGGGGAAAAAACAAAUGUAAAAUUAAUUGUUUUGUGGGGAUGAAGGAGCGGUGGGGGGACACCUGAGUUUCUGUUUGUCUCGGUGAAACGGUUUGUCUUAGUUUAGCAGCUAAAAGACUUUGUAACUGAUU